UUACAAGUUACCUUCCAUUUUAUAGAGGAACCCAAGCCAACGCCAGGCUGUCCUAGAGCAAACGGAUUCUUCCGGCAUCCGGAUCCAGAAGCGUGCGAUAAGUUUUACAACUGCGUCGAGGGAGUCCCUCGGGAACUUCCAUGUCCUCCAGGGCUGGUAUACGAUGACACACGAAGCACUUGCUCUUGGCAAGCUGACAGUGGGCGAAAAGAUUGUAUAAAAUCGAGAAAAGAGGUCCUUGAUGAUGGUUUUUCAUGCCCCGAUGGUGAAGUUCUCGGGCCUGAUGGACGAGCACUUCCUCAUCCAACAUUUGCACAUGCUGAAGACUGCAAACUGUUCUAUAUCUGUAAAAACGGUGUACAACCUCNAUGCCUGGUUGUACUUUUCGGUGGUAAAUUACAUAUUUACUCCAAGUUGUAUUACAAACGGCACAAGAAACUUGUUAUGAAUGGCAAAUAUGCCAUAUACCAGCCAGAGGUGAAGGGUAUAGGCUCAUAUAUACGUUAA